UCAAGCAGAGGAGUACGUGCGGGUUAAUGAGGAAUGAAUGAGGGAUUUCUGAAUAACAGCUUAAUUCAGGGAUUAAUUCAGUCCUUUAAUUCACGGAGACGCUCUGAGUCUCCCUAAGGACCGAACUCAGGCGGGUUAAACUGGACCGGACGGGACCGGAGGGGAGCUCCAGCAGCUGUAGUUCGUCUCUGAGUGAUGGCGCUGCAUCCAGCCAAGAGAGAGGCGCUGGUGGCGUGGGUGAACAGUCUGGACCUGGGCGAACGUGUGGAGAGUUUCAAUGACCUGCAGGACUGCCGACUGCUCCUAAAACUCGUCUAUAAACUGAAGGGGGAGGAGCUCAGCCAGGCUCCUGUAGACCUGCCCCAAGAACAGAGGCAGUGCAUCGUCUUGGAUUUCCUCCACGGCGUCUGUCAGGAGCAGCUUGUUCUUCCUUCUGAAGAACCCACCUCCAACAGAGAACAGUUGGAGAUCCAGCUCGCCAAGGUGGUUCUGCUGCUCUGCUUCAUCGGUCUGAUUAACAAUGAGCUGGUGCCUAAACUGGAGUUCGAGACAGAGCUGCAGAUGGCAUCGAUGUUCCGUCAUGUCCAGCAGGGGGAGAACGGUUUCUCUCUGUCUGAAGGUCUACAUAAACUUCUCACCGUCAGCCCGCUGAUACACACCACCUCCAGCAGCAGCGCAUCAUCAUACAGUGAUGAAGGAUCGCCGUUUUUUACCCGAUCUCGUUCUCCACGCGUUUCCUUCCUGGAGCUAAACACUGUGGCCUCCAGCUCUUUUGUCAGCUCUCCAAUCCAGGAGAUCAUAAACACACCACAGGUCCAGCUAAAGAGGCUUCGGAAGGAGCUGGCGCGCGAGGGUGACGUGAGGGAUGAGCUGGAGCGAGAGCUUUCCAAGCACAUCUCCACCAUUUCGGAAAAGGAGGGUCAGAUCUCUCAGCUCCACCACAGACUUCAGCGCUUGCUUAGGGACCAGGAGGAGUUUGAGAAGGAGCACAAAUCUGCACUGCUGGAGCUGCAGCAGAAGAACGAAGGGCUCCUCAAAAGAGUUCAUGAGGUACUAAAGCAGUGCCAAGAUCUGAAAACGGACAACACCCAAAAAGAUAGAAGAAUUGAUGAGCUGAUGGAGGAGAAUGGAACACUGGCUGCACAGGUACGAAAUGCCUUUGCCCAGCUGGCAAGGGCUGAAGAGGAGGUCUCCAAACUAACAGUGGCCCAUGAGUUGUCCCAAGCAGAGUGGGGGAGCAGAAGAGACUCCCUGCAGAAAGAGCUGAGCCAGGCCAUCACAGACAGGGAAUGCCUUAGUGAACAGAUUCAGAUCUUACAAGGCAAGAUCUCAGUUUUAGAGGAUGAGCUCUCCAGAGUGUCUGUACAACUCCAAGAAAAAGGUGAAGUUCUGGGGCCUGUUAUGGAGAGGGAGAAACUAAAGCAGGAACUGGCAGACUUGUCAUUAAAACUUUCCCAACUCGAAGAAACCAUUUCCUGCCUUCAGAAAGAAAAGAUGGAUGUUGAGAUGCUGUUGUUAGAAGAGAGAAGCUCUUUUGAAAGGGAAACCUUGCGAUUGCAGGGAUUAAUUUCAGAUCUCCAACAGGCAAUAAACAAUAUUCGGGCAGAGAGGGAGGCCCAAGAACAGACAGCAAGGCAGAAGCAAGAACUUCUUACUACCCAAAUAGCAGCUUUAGAAACUGAUCUUAACCGUCUACAACAGCUGGAAGUCCAGUUAACAGCAGAGAUUGCUAUCACUGCAGAACUUCGCCAGCAGCGAGUGGAGCUAGAGGCAAAAGUAGCCUCCUUGGAGGACACUAUCAGUAUGCUACGAUCCAAGUGCCAAGGCAUGGAAGUAGAGAGUGAGGCACAGCAGGAGAGACUCAAUAUUGUCAGAGCUGACCUGCAGAAAGCUCAGUCCUCCCUUGUGGAAUAUGAAGAAAAGCUUGCAGACCAUCAGAAGGUGGUAGAUGAAAACACUAAUCUCCGUGCCAGAAUCUCUGCUUUGGAUGACACUGUUGCACUUCUGCAAAAUGAGAUUGAUACAGAGAAAAAAAGAGGGGAUGAGGUUAUUGCAGAAAAAGAACAGCAUAAAGCUCUGAUGGAAGAAAAGUUUCAAAAACAAGAGGAAAGGGCUCAUGAAAUGUUUGUAGAACUAGAGACUCUGAGUCAGGAACUUCGCAAGAUGAAGCAGCAGAAACUCCAUGCUGAAUCAUGUAUAGAAAAGCUUACAGAAGAGGGAAGAGUACUUGCAGCCAGUCUCACAGAAGAACGAGAUCGGGCCCAGUUACAACUCGUGGUAGUAAGGAAAGCCAAAGAUGAAGCUGAGCUGGAACUACAGCGGAUCAUUGCAGAACAUGAGAGUAAAAUAUCUCAGUUAAAGACUGGCUUGAAGAACAUCCAAGAUGGACACCAGAAAGAGCUAGAGGCUUUGCAGACAGAGAAAGAGCAGAUCUUCUCAGCCAACCAGUCCCUCCAGAAUGAGUGCCAGAGCCUACAUGUAAUGAUAAAGGGGCAACAGGAAGAACUAAAUGUGCUCAAGGCUGACCUGCAGAACACCAAAGAAGGGCACAAGACAGAAAUGGAUAUCUUGAUCAACGAGAAGGAGCAUCUUUGCUCUGUCAACCAGUCACUCCAGAAUGAGUGCCAGAGCUUGCAAGCAGACAUCAAGCGGCAACAGGAGGAACUAAAUGUGCUCAAGGCUGACCUGCAGAACACCAAAGAAGGGCACAAGACAGAAAUUAAUAUUUUGAUCAACGAGAAGGAGCAUCUGUCCUCCGCCAACCAGUCCCUCCAAAUUGAGUGCCAGAACUUGCAAGCAGAGAUUAAGGGACAACAGGAUGCUCUAAAUACCCUGAAGACUGAUCUGCAGAACACCCAAGAAGGGCACAAGAAAGAUUUGGAGACCUUCAUGAAGGAGAAAGAGAACAGAUGUGCUGUCAACCAGUCCCUCCAGAAUGAGUGCCAGACCCUGCAGGCAGAGAUCAAAGGGCAACAGGAGGAACUAAAUAUGCUCAAGGCUGACCUGCAGAACACCAAAGAAGGGCACAAGACAGAAAUGGAUAUCUUGAUCAACGAGAAGGAGCAUCUUUGCUCUGUCAACCAGUCACUCCAGAAUGAGUGCCAGAGCUUGCAAGCAGACAUCAAGCGGCAACAGGAGGAACUAAAUGUGCUCAAGGCUGACCUGCAGAACACCAAAGAAGGGCACAAGACAGAAAUUAAUAUUUUGAUCAACGAGAAGGAGCAUCUGUCCUCCGCCAACCAGUCCCUCCAAAUUGAGUGCCAGAACUUGCAAACAGAGAUUAAGGGACAACAGGAUGCUCUAAAUACCCUGAAGACUGAUCUGCAGAACACCCAAGAAGGGCACAAGAAAGAUUUGGAGACCUUCAUGAAGGAGAAAGAGAACAGAUGUGCUGUCAACCAGUCCCUCCAGAAUGAGUGCCAGACCCUGCAGGCAGAGAUCAAAGGGCAACAGGAGGAACUAAAUGUGCUCAAGGCUGACCUGCAGAACACCAAAGAAGGGCACAAGACAGAAAUUAAUAUUUUGAUCAACGAGAAGGAGCAUCUGUCCUCCGCCAACCAGUCCCUCCAAAUUGAGUGCCAGAACUUGCAAACAGAGAUUAAGGGACAACAGGAUGCUCUAAAUACCCUGAAGACUGAUCUGCAGAACACCCAAGAAGGGCACAAGACAGAAAUCGAUAUCUUGAUCAACGAGAAGGAGCAUCUGUCCUCAGUCAACCAGUCCCUCCAGAAUGAAAGCAAGAACUUGCAGGCAGAGAUCAAGGGGCAACAGGAUGCUCUAAAUACCCUGAAGACUGAUCUGCAGAACACCCAAGAAGGGCACAAGAAAGAUUUGGAGACCUUCAUGAAGGAGAAAGAGAACAGAUGUGCUGUCAACCAGUCCCUCCAGAAUGAGUGCCAGACCCUGCAGGCAGAGAUCAAAGGGCAACAGGAGGAACUAAAUAUGCUCAAGGCUGACCUGCAGAACACCAAAGAAGGGCACAAGACAGAAAUGGAUAUCUUGAUCAACGAGAAGGAGCAUCUUUGCUCUGUCAACCAGUCACUCCAGAAUGAGUGCCAGAGCUUGCAAGCAGACAUCAAGCGGCAACAGGAGGAACUAAAUGUGCUCAAGGCUGACCUGCAGAACACCAAAGAAGGGCACAAGACAGAAAUUAAUAUUUUGAUCAACGAGAAGGAGCAUCUGUCCUCCGCCAACCAGUCCCUCCAAAUUGAGUGCCAGAACUUGCAAGCAGAGAUUAAGGGACAACAGGAUGCUCUAAAUACCCUGAAGACUGAUCUGCAGAACACCCAAGAAGGGCACAAGACAGAAAUCGAUAUCUUGAUCAACGAGAAGGAGCAUCUGUCCUCAGUCAACCAGUCCCUCCAGAAUGAAAGCAAGAACUUGCAGGCAGAGAUCAAGGGGCAACAGGAUGCUCUAAAUACCCUGAAGACUGAUCUGCAGAACACCCAAGAAGGGCACAAGAAAGAUUUGGAGACCUUCAUGAAGGAGAAAGAGAACAGAUGUGCUGUCAACCAGUCCCUCCAGAAUGAGUGCCAGACCCUGCAGGCAGAGAUCAAAGGGCAACAGGAGGAACUAAAUGUGCUCAAGGCUGAUCUGCAGAACACCAAAGAAAGGCACAAGACAGAAAUGGAUAUCUUGAUCAAUGAUAAGGAGCAUCUUUCCUCAGUCAACCAGUCACUCCAGAAUGAGUGCCAGAGCUUGCAAGCCGACAUCAAGCGCCAACGGGAGGAGCUAAAUGUGCUCAAGGCUGACUUGCAGAGCACCAAAGAUGGGUACCAACAGGAGUUGGAUACCUUGAAGAAGGAAAAGGAUCAUGUUUCUUCAGUUAACCAGUCUGUCCAGAGUGAAUGCCAGAGCUUGAGGGCAGAGAAUAAGGGUAAGCAGGAGACUCUGAAAACCCUGAAAGCUGACCUGGUGAAUGCUCAGAAUGGGUACCAGCAAAAGUUGGACACCUUACAAAAGGAGCAGGAGCGUCUCUCUUCAGUCAACCAUUCUCUCCAGAGAGACUGCCAGAGCUUGCAGGCAGAGAUCAAGGAGCUACAGGACAUGCAAGAUGGGUAUCAAAAAGCAGUGGAAAUCUUGCAGAAGGAGAAGGAGCAACUAUCUUCAGUUAACCAGUCUGUCCAGAGUGAGCAUCAGAGCUUGCAGGCAGAGAUUAAAGGGAAACAAGAGGAACUAAAUGUGCUCAAGGCAGACCUGCAGAACACACAAGAUGAAUACCACCGAGAGUUGGAGACCUUUAAGAAGGAAAAGGAGCAGCUCUCUUCAGUCAACCAGUCUCUCCAGAGUGAGAGCCAGAGCUUGAGGGUAGAGCUCAGUAAGCUCCAAAAAACCCAGGAGGGCUAUCAAAAAGACAUGGAAACCUUGCAGAAGGAAAUGGAGCAAGUCUCUUCAGAAAACCAAUCUCUUCUGAAUGAGUGUCAGAACUUGCAAGCAGAGAAUAAAGGCCAGCAAGAGGUUCUGAAAACCUUAAAAGCUGAACUGCAGAACACCCAAAAUGGGUAUCAACAAGAGUUGGAGACCUUGCGGAAGGAGCAGGAGAAUCUCUCCUCCGAUAACCAAUCUCUUCAGAGUGAGUGUCAGAGCUUGCAGAAAGAGAUUAAGGGGCAACAGGAGGAACUAAAUGUGCUCAAGGCUGAGCUGCAGAACACCCAAGAUGGGUAUCAGCAAGAGUUGGAGAACUUGAAGAAGGAGAAGGAGAAUCUCAACUUAGUCAAUCAGUCCCUUCAGAGUGACUGUCAGAUUUUGCAAGUAGAGAUCAAGGGACAACAGGAAGCUCUGCAGAAAACUCUUGAGCAGUAUAAAAAAGAACAAGAGGCCUAUCAGAAGGAAAAAGAGCAUCUCUCUUCAGUGAAUCAGUCUCUUCAGAGGGAGUGUGAUGCCUCUCAAAGAUUGGGAGGAGAGUUGGAGUUGAAGCUACGUGAGCAGAAGGAAUCAAUCCUUAGCCUUAAAGAGGCUGGCCAACAGAAAGAGAUGCAGAGCCAAGAGCUACAGGAGCAGCUGAAGCUGAAGACUGAAGCAGUGGAGCACUACAAAGAGCAGGUGGAGAAAGCGAAAAUGCACUACAACGGUAAAAAACAACUGCUGGUGGAGGAACAGGAGGCACGGCAGGCUUUGCAGGCUUCUCUUGAGACCACUGUGGGUGAGGUGAAGGCCCUGAAGGCUGAACUGAAACUGUCCUCUAUAGAGCUGGAGAAAACCAAGGUGUCUGAGAAGAAUUUAUUAGUCAAGGUCCAGAGCCUGGAGACCCAGCUGGACUUUGCAGAUCGUCAGUUAAGAGAACAAAGGAAGCAGGCAGGUCAGGGUGCUCAGGUGACACACAGACAAAGUGUUUACCUGAAAGUCCCAGUGGAGGUGCAAAACACCAGCACUGACAGCCUGGAGCUCGAUCUGGAAGAUUCUCUCAAUGUUGGAGGUAAGCCAGCAGUGCCAGGUGAAUCCAGCACUCCAUUGGUUCGCAGUUCUGAGCGAUUGGCUUCAAAGCGACGUGCCCAGGAAAGAGGCUCUCUAGAGACUCUCUACUUCACUCCUAUGAAUCCCCGGAACAAGAACCAUGAUGCUGCCAACCACAAAAACAAACUGGAAAGCAGCAUCACAUCUCUGGGUGACCUCACUCUCGACUCAGCGAAAAAGCUGACUUCUUCCGUCCGAAGACGUCGCACCACCCAGGUCAUUAACAUCACCAUGACGAAGAAAACUCCUGGUGGCACUGGUGGGGAAGCAGAAGACUCCUUCUACAGCCUGCACACCACACAGUCCCAGCCUAACCUAGCAUCCCAAAAAACUCGCCCCGUUUCCAUGGAGAUCUUUGAGGAGCCAGGUGCAGCGAGCUCCAGCGACAAACUUCUCAGCUUGCCCGGGUACCGCCGAAGUAAUGUGCACGGAAAUGCUCCUUCACGGGCCACGAGCACAUUUUGUGUGGGAUCGGAGUACGAGCCAGAACACGUUGCUGAUGAUUGGAUGCGAAUCGCAGAGCUCCAGUCACGGAACAAAGCCUGUUUACCGCACUUAAAGAGCAGCUACCCUCUGGAGUCCAGGCCCAGUCUGGGAUUCUCUGUUCUUCCAAUAACUGAUGAGGAUGUCCGUUUUGGAGAUCCAGAAGAGACGAUCCGGCGUGCCUCUAUGGUCCCGAGUCAGCUUACUGAAUCUCUUUCAUCCCACCGACUGUCCCUGGCUCCGCCCUCAUCUAACAGAGACCACCCCACCUCUCAACCACAACGUUACAGCAUGCUGCCGGGUCAGAUUAGUGCAGGAACCGUGGCUCAUCGUUCGUCUCAGGUCUCCAGAGCUUCCACCAAAACGCAUGAGGUCCGCUCAGUCCGAAGCCCACUGGCCCCCAAACGACCUGCGAGUCACAUACAGGACCAGGACACCCCUGAGGCUAAGAAACUGGCGAGUUGUUUUCCACGGCCAGCAACUCCUAAAAACAGGAACCUUCGAUCUGCAGCCAGCAACUCUCAGAACAGACCGCCUUCUCCUGCUGACCGCAGACAGUCGAUGGCAUUCAUAAUCGAUAACACCCCGAAGAAAUCUGGCCGAGUGGACAGCAGGCUGCAGCGCGGCAUCAACAAGCUCCGCAACAGCGCCCGCAAAUCCCCCGCCGUCACCACCCGCCUGGCCCGGGCCGCUCCACAAGACCGACCGCAAAGAAAAUCCCCCCGAAGCCUCACCGCCAAAUCGCCAAAGAUCCCCACCAGCGCGAGGAAGCUGAUGAAGUUCAGGAUGAACACUUGAAGGGGAACUCCACCCAUGCUUCACAAUUCCCCUGUAAUCGAGUGUAUGAGAUGUGAACAGAGUGAUUCAGAGUCAUUUGGUGUGAAAUGGUUCAGAUGGCUUUACAGUGGUGGUGAUGGGAACCAGGGGUCGCCAUGACUACAACACAAAUGGACAUUUUAUUUACCAUCCAGAACCACCAGUGAACCUACAUGAGUCUUCUGAGAUUAUAUGGAAUGUUGAUGGAAAAUGGUGGAAAAUCUAAAAGAAUAAGUUUUCUUUGGGGACUAUUUUGCCUCACAGCUCCCUGCAUGUAUCCCUCCACCCUAAGUGGAUUGAGUGCAUCAGUUGAGUGAGCGUGAAGGUUUUAGAGCAUGUAAAGGCUUUUCUCUAGAACUGUAUGCCCAUAUCAAGAACCGUUUAGGACCUUAUUUGAGCACAUUUCAGGUCACUGAUUCGUACAGCUCAAUUAUAAUAAUUGUAUUUAUGGAUCAGUUUUAUGUGUAAUUGCUCAUAAUACUUUAUGGCUGUAGAAUGUAAUACAAGUUAUUUUUGUUAGGAUCAUAUUUGUCUCGCUUUGAUUGCGAGUAUAUCUGGGUCUCAGAUUAAUCAGUUAAAGUUGAGAGUAACCCUCAUUGAUGAAGGGUUACAAAGCUCAUUUUAAAGGUCUUUUAAGGCUUCAGUCUCGCAUUGUGAAAUGUCAGUGAUUUUUGUUUGAGGUUAGG